AGAUCGACAUCAAACUAUCGGAAUACCGGCGUAACUGAGUACAAAGUCCUAUGUCUCUAUAGGUCAUUACUUUAUUUUCUGUACGCUUUGUAGCGUUUACAUGCUUCCCUGGUUGGACCAGGUGUCUUCUCGACGGGCAUGGACACCGUCUAACUCAACCAGCCCCCCGGCGUUCCGGCGUAGUCCGGAAGGAGUAGCCGCUUGGUGGCUUAAAGAGGAGUUAGCAAUGUUAGGGGGACCAGCCCAGAUAUACUCCAGUGCUAUCCAUACCGUCCAAAACACAAUAACCAAUUGCCGAAACAUGUUGACAAGUUUUCCAACAGGUAAACAUACGACGAAAACAGCAGGUGCAGGUGAAACAAGCUGGUGUUUCUCACAAUUAAAAGGAACUGUUGAAGAUGAUGUGACUGAAGCGGAUAUAAUAUCAACAGUUGAGUUCAAUCAUGAUGGAGAGCUAUUGGCAACGGGUGAUAAAGGAGGAAGGGUUGUCAUCUUCCAGAGAGAAGAUUCACUUGAUCCCCAGCACCCUUCACGAGGGGAAUACAAUGUUUAUAGCACUUUCCAGAGUCACGAGCCAGAGUUUGACUAUCUCAAGAGUUUAGAAAUAGAAGAGAAAAUCAACAAAAUCAAGUGGCUACCUAGACACAAUAAUGCACACUUCCUUCUUUCAACAAACGAUAAGACAAUCAAGUUGUGGAAAGUAUCAGAACGUGACAGAAGAUGGGUAGGAUUCAACUUAAAAGAUGACGACGGUCUCAUUCGUGAAAAUAAUAGCAUUCAUUCAUUAUGUAUUCCUCAUUCCACCCCUAUGGAAUUAAUGGUAGAGGCCAGCCCUAGGAGAAUAUUUGCUAAUGCUCACACAUACCAUAUUAAUUCUAUAUCGGUCAACAGUGAUGUAGAGACGUACAUAUCAGCUGAUGACCUCCGUAUUAACCUUUGGCACCUAGGUAUUACAGACCAGAGCUUCAAUAUUGUUGAUAUUAAACCAGCAAACAUGGAGGAACUUACAGAGGUGAUAACAGCUGCUGAGUUUCAUCCAAAGCAAUGCAACCUUUUUGUUUAUAGCAGCAGCAAAGGAACCAUUAGACUCUGUGAUAUGCGUGCCGCUGCUCUCUGUGACCAACAUGCUCGAAUAUUUGAGGAACCAGAGGAUCCCAGUAACAGAUCUUUCUUCUCUGAAAUUAUAUCGUCAAUUUCUGAUGUGAAGUUCAGCCACAGUGGUCGUUACCUUAUAUCGAGGGAUUACCUGUCUGUGAAGGUGUGGGACCUGCACAUGGAUAGUACACCUGUAGAAACCUUUCAAGUCCACGAGUACCUACGUAGCAAACUAUGCUCUUUGUAUGAAAAUGAUUGUAUCUUUGAUAAAUUUGAGUGUGUUUGGAAUGGAAAUGACAGUGCAAUUAUGACUGGCUCCUAUAACAACUUCUUCCGCAUGUUUGACCGCACGUCCAAGCGGGAUCUGACGCUGGAAGCUUCUAAGGAAAACAUGAAACCCCUCCAGGUGCUAAAACCCCGCAAAGUUUGUACAGGAACGAAGAGAAAGAAGGAUGAGAUGAGCGUCGAUAGCCUAGAUUUCAACCGCAAGAUUCUGCACACGGCCUGGCACCCCAAAGAAAACAUCAUCGCUGUGGCAGCCACUAACAACUUGUAUAUAUUCCAGGAGAAGCCACCCAGUUAGGCUAGGUAGAGAAUGUAGUUAUAGGUAGGUUUGUAAAGAAUUUUGAUAUUGAAAGAAGUGUGGAGACUUGGCUCAGGUGGUUAACCUGAGUAAUGAAUAAUGACCGUCGAAGGCGGCAGCAGCAGCUUAAUGGUGGUAAAUGUCCGUAUAUAUUCUCAGGUCGUAAGCACUAGAGAUAUAAGAAAUUUAGCAGAAGUGUUACCGCUGGUAAAGAUAGCUCGCCCCAUGUUUCCCCAUAGCAGAAUGACCAAUUUAGUUGACAGCAUUGAAGAAUGGACACUGUGUGUACCCUGAAUGUUGAUAAGGAAGAGAUCCUUUUGGAAUAAUAAUGAAGAUAUUUCAUGUGUAAAUUAAAUAAGACAUUGUCUUUGUGCAUUGUACCGUUCAAUGCACAUGAAAUGAAUUGACCCAAUCCUGAUUUUGUGUAGUUUUGACAUGAGAGAGUAUGAAACAAUUGACUGCAUACUUAUGUGUUAUAAGAAUUAACAGGUGAUCAGCAUUUUGAAAUAAAAUUUAAAAUUAUAGUACAAAAAAGUUGUUGCUGAUUAACUGUUAAUUCUUGAAACUAACUGAAGUUGAUCAUAGAUCGUAGAUCACCAGUUCAAAAACCAUUAUAAACGAAGAGAUUUUCUUCUUUUAUAGUAAUAAUAAAGAUAUUUCAUGUGUAAAAUAAAUAAGACAUUGUCUUGCAUUGUACUGUUCAAUGCACAUGAAAUGAAUUGACCCAGUCCUGAUUUGUGUAGUUUUGACAUGAGAAAGUAUGAAACAAGGAUGCAAGCCAUUGUUAUUCAAUAUUUUUGUGAUGUCGUCAAUUUACCUCCUGCAUUAUUUUCCUAUCUUAAGCCGUGCACUAAUUUUCCAUUAGAAAACCAAAAACCACAAGAACGAUAGUGGAUACAGAAAAAAGGUCAAAUAUUUGAAACAGAGGCCAUCCUAGAUUUCUGGUAGAAACCAGAAUUUCAAGCUACGUUGUUGAUAUGUUGUGCAUAUUUUUCUAAGACACAGAAGGAGUGUUGGAUGAAAUACCUGGGAUUGGUUAAUAAGAUGUAGAUUUUAAAAAUAUCUUUAGAACGGGGGUGGGGGAGGUAGAGGGUGCUUAGACCCCUUUUAGUUACCUCGGGAGAUGUACUGUUUCGAAAUCCCCAGAGAAAAAUUUGUUGGUUGGACAAUGCUGUGUUGGAAUAAACAAACAAUAAUGAAAGAUAUGUUAAGCCGGGCACAGACUGCGUCAGAAUGCAAAUACAACUCCACUCCCUGUGAACACCAGACAACGUGACGCUGUCUGCUCAUUAUCGGUGGCAGUCUGAAUGGAUGGUCAUUGUAAACAAUGUUGCGUGCAUGGUGUUGCGUUCUUAAAAUCGUGUCAGCCGACAGCCGUUGGACGCAGCAAGUGCAACAGGGUAGAAGACAAUGUACAUCAAUCAUUUGUCUUUCACUAUAGAAUGAUUUUUAUGAUUAUAUUGCGCUAUAUUUAAUAUUUCAUUUCGAAGCAAUGUCUGUAUUGCAAAAACUCGUCAAAACACAAUCUGUUUAUAAUACAAGUGCAACCUUUGGGACCUUAAAAUUUGGGUGAUCUUGGGGUUCCAUCUCCAAGACAUUAUGCUAGUACUUUGAAAACCUAUUCUUGGAAUUGAAGGAGUCACGAAUUGAUAGUUGAACUGUAUUUUUGUGUUCUUACUACAAUAAUGCACAUACGUGCAGACAAUAAUAAUGUUAUGAUCAUAUCAGUGUUAUAAGCUGUGGUCUGCCCACUACAACAGCAAUUUGCUUACAUUUUUGGAAAAACUGACUUGUAAAGCUAUUUGUAUAGUCAUAUCUUCAUACAUAGAGAAGAUUAUUACUGUACACAUUAAUCUAAAUUUGGUCUAAUAAUUCCCAUCUAAUGUAUGGUAUACAAAUAUACUAAUUGCGUAAAUAUAAAAUAUUGAAUAAGUGGCUUGUAUCACUUUCAACACAUUUUGUUUCACAUGCUCUCGAAUACAUAUCGGUGCACCCCAUGGUAUGUAUUCUUUUGAAAUAUGAAAUUGGGGUGGAUUAAAGUCUAGAUUAUGGCUUCUCUCCUUAGCAACUAUGAACACUUGAAUUAUUAUAUUUUCAAUUACGGUAAUUGAAACGCUGGAGUGCGAUUUAAUUGUGUUAUUAAAAUAACUCUGAACAAACCGCAUUCUGUUAUCUGUAAACCUCGACCAAAAUUUGUUGUGACAUCAUAAAAAUAUUCAAAGCUAAAUGAAUUGACCAGUCUGACACUGUCAGAAAUACCAAUGAAUUCUUAUAGAAUAUAAAAUAAUUAGAUAUUAUAUAAAAAAGUAAAUAAAUAAACUGUAUAUGUUCAUGUGUAAGUCUUCAGUGUUUUACAAAUACCCUGUUUUUUAUUAUUUUUUUUCGAAUAUUUUGUCAGAUUAAGAUGAAUUAAAAACUUUGUUCAGUUAAAAAAAAGUGAUUGUUUUCAAAUGUAAAUUAAAUGUAUUUGGCUUAGCAUUUCCUUAGAAAGAAAAUUAUACCCUAGUGACUGCAUACUUGUGUGUUAUAAGAAUCAACAGGUGAUCAGCAUUUUGAUAUAAAAUUUAAAAUUAUAGUACAAAAAAGUUGUUGCUGAUUAACUGUUAAUUCUUGAAACUAACUGAAGAUUGUGUAGAUCGCCAUUUCAAAAACCAUUAUAAAAUCAAAACUCAAUCCUUAAAAAAGACAACCAUAAAAAGCAGCAUUAAAAGUUUGUAACUAGGAAUUUCUUAGUAGAAAGUUGAAGAGUACUAUAAAUGUGUUUUUAUACCACAAACAAAAACAAAUUACAUAAUCAAAAAUAUUUUACAAUAAAUUUACAAUAUUUGUUCUCACCAUUUUGCUCAAUCUGUAUAGUUUCAUUUUGUUUUAAUCUGUUGAUGUAUUUAUUUGUAGAUACAUUUUGAAAAAUGUUCGUUUUUCACAUAAUUUUCAUCUGUAAAAAGCAAAUGGUAGCACUGUCUGCUACUGGUUCUUUGAGUUGAGUUUGUCACCAUGGAGAUGUGUGUUGGCAGUAGCCAGCUUGGAAACCACCGACAAUUAUAUGGAAAUGGAACAAACGAUGUCCAUAUUCUGCAGCACUCAACAAAAACAUUAACAUUGAAUAGUGCCCUCUAGGUAUAUGUAAUUUCUGCUGUUGUAUAAUAUUGUUUUGUAUAGUUUAUUAGCAAAUAUUAAAAUGUUUUAUUUGCAAUGAAGGCCCAUUGAGAUUAGGUGUUUCAGAGAACAAAUUGUUUCAAGAAAUUACGAUAGGAUGCUAAGAUUGAUUAAUCCAUCAAUUGAUUGAUCAAUCAAAUAAAGAACUGAUUCUUUAGAAAAUGAUGAAUAUGUUACCUCUAAGCUAGUUUGUAUCAUGUUUUAAAGAAAACUUUGGUAUACUUUUUGUUUUAAUAAUCUUAUGUUCAUGUACAGACAGUUUGGUGUCAAAAUCAUUCCAUAUUUUCGGUGGACAAGAUGACCAGCUCUAUACUGUCCUGUGUUUGGCCUUUCAACAACAGUACACAUGUUAAACACUUUUUCUUAUUUUGGUAUACUGUACAUGAAUGUUAUUACAAAAAGAUAUAUCAAAAAUAGGUAGCAGUAUUUUUACGAAACUUCGGACAUGAAAUAUGGCAGUAGAUUGUUGGUAUAGUUGACUCCGAAACAUGUUACACAAUAUUUUUUUGGAACUAUUUUAGAAUGGUGCUUAUAAUGAAUAUGGUUAAUUAUUAUGCAUUAAUUGUUCAGCCUUCAGCUUGGGUUAGUUAGGUCAUUAAUUGCAUAGGGCAAAAGAUGAUGUCACAGCUUGUUUAUAAGGCCUAAACCUUAACAUUAAGCAAUAAUCAAUUUUCAAUGUUAUCAUUUUGCUUUUGAAUUUUUUUAACUUAAGAUUGCUUUGGAUGGAAUUUUGGCAGCUAUCAAGUUUAUAUAUUCUAAAAUAAUGUUUAAUGAUAUAAAUGUGUAUUUUGUAAGAGUGGGGAUGGGAAUUCCUGGUAAUGAGCAUGUUAUCGCAAAGCAAUAGCCAGUCUAUCCUACAGUGUACCUUAAAUAAGCGACGCAAGCUUAGCUCGAUGUGUUGUCGAUCACCUGUGAUUCUUAGGUUUUUGGGUGACUAUUGAAGAUUUACACAAUCUGAGACUUAACGAUACUGUUUUAAGAAAUUGUAAACAGUAUUAUAAGGUUUAUCAAUCAUCGUUUGAAUAAAUAAAAAUUGUUUUGCUAUGUGGCUCUUAAUUUUUGUGAGCCCCACUCACAUGUCGUGAUUUUGGUUUUUUCAUUCUUAAUCGAAAGAGGUCCAAAGACUACGUUCCAAGAUGUGAAAUAUUUGAUAAUCUAAAUCCCAUCAUCAUUAUGAGACACAAAGAUUGGAAUUAUUUAGUCUGUGAGAAAAAAAUGUUUGUAUUAUUGUUUGUUAAUGCAUAUACUGUACAUUAUAAAUGCUGGUACUGUAUAAACUUUCAUUUUCUCUAAAUCUUUACCCAGAUACACUCAAAGCUUAUGUGCAAGACAAUCCAUAUUUGUAAGAUUUUGAAUAGUAAUUAUGUUAAUUAUGUUUCUGACAUAUUAUUUUUGUAUUGUUAUCUGAAAUUGUUUUAAACAAAUGUAUUUGCUACCUAGUUUAUGAAAUUCAGUUUUGAUAUGUUAAACUUUAAUGGAAUUUCAUAUCAAUUUGAUUCAACAGUUUUGUUGUAAAAAUGUUUUCGUUUUUAUGUACUGUGUCCUGAUUGGUUGAACUUGCAGGUGUGGUAGCGGUAAUGCAACAAAAAAAAUAUGAUGGCUCUUAAAUGGCUUAGCCGUGUGUGACAUGUACAAGACAUCGUAGAGCUUCCUCUUGUAAUGCAUCCCUCAGUGUUGUGAUCAGGUAGUCUGAUUAUGUGACGUUGAAAACAUUUCAGUUUAUAUCUCGAGGAGCAAAUUAAAUGAACGAAGAUUACUGUAA